UGCGAGCUACGGUCGGGGUUCUGCACCGGCGGGGGCGGGGCUCUGCGUGGCCGGGGCGGGCUCGGGAUCCGCUGGGCGACUCCCGGUCUGGCUUGGGCAGGCUGCCCGGGCCGUGGCAGGAAGCCGGAAGCAGCCGCGGCCCCAGCUCGGGAGACAUGGCGGGCGUUAAAGCUCUUGUGGCAUUAUCCUUCAGUGGUGCUAUUGGGCUGACUUUUCUUAUGCUGGGAUGUGCCUUAGAGGAUUAUGGCGUUUACUGGCCCUUAUUCGUCCUGAUUUUCCACGCCAUCUCCCCCAUCCCCCAUUUCAUUGCCAAAAGAGUCACCUAUGACUCAGACGCAACCAGUAGUGCCUGUCGGGAACUGGCAUAUUUCUUCACUACUGGAAUUGUUGUUUCUGCCUUUGGAUUUCCUGUUAUUCUUGCUCGUGUGGCUGUGAUCAAAUGGGGAGCCUGUGGCCUUGUGUUGGCAGGCAAUGCAGUCAUUUUCCUUACAAUUCAAGGGUUUUUCCUUAUAUUUGGAAGAGGAGAUGAUUUUAGCUGGGAGCAGUGGUAGCACUUUAUUCUGAUUACAAUGCAUUGAAUUUCUUAGAACUCAUACUAUCUGUAUACUUGUGCACAUGCGGCAUUUUACUAUGAAAUUUAAUAUGCUGGGUUUUUUAAUACCUUUAUAUCACGUUCACUUUAAGGAAGACUUCGUAAGUAAAAGAUGAGUUUUAUUCUCAGCAAAUAGAGCUGUCAAAUUUAGAUUAUGUUACUCCAAUUUUGUUACUCGUUUGGCUGUUCAUGUAGUCAUGGUGCUGUCAGACAAUAUGUUAGCCCAGUCUUGUAGACAGCUGCCACCUCACGCAGUGCAUCUAAACCUUUUGCUUGGGGAUGUGCUUGGAGAGGCAGAUAACACUGAAGCAGGUCUCUCAUGGCCCAGGAAGGCAGGGGUGGUUCCCUCUUUGUGUUGUAGUCCAUGCUUUUCAAAGUGUGGCCCACAGACCAAGAGCCUCAACAUUUCCUAGGGCCUUAUUAGAAAUGCAGAAUCUGAAGCCCCACUCUGGACCCAGGGCAUUUUGAUGAGAUCCACAGGAGUUGUAUGCACAUGAAAGUUCGAGAAGCAUCGUCAUAGAGAAGUAAACAUCACUCCCAACUUCCUUAUCUUCCCAGUGGCUAAACCACUUAACCUCUCUGGGUGUUACCUGCUCAUUUGUUUGAAAACAAAAAAAAAGUCUCACCUGCCCUCAUGCUGAGGACAAGUUCAGAUGUUCAAGCCUAUAAUAUUUAGGCUGUUCCUCAAAUUUGUGAAAAGUGUUCUCAGAAUUGGGAGAUAGUCAAAGGGUACAAAGCCUCAGGAGGAAUAAGUGUGUGUGUGUGUGUUUUUAAGAUCACUUGCACAGCAUGCUAAAUAUAGGAAUAAUUGAAUGUAUAUUUCAGUAUUGCUAAGAGAGUAAAUUUCUAAUGUUUUCAUUAAAAAGUUAAAUAUUUGAGGUCAUAUGUUAAUUAGUGUAAUCAUUCCACCUUAGAUUCAAAACUGAUAACACCAUAUUGUACCCUAUAAAUAUAUACAAUAAUUUGUAAAUAUACAAUCAAAAUAAGUUAAAAAACAAAAAAAAAAUACCCCCUCUCCCCCAAAAAAAUUGUCAGUGGGGAACAUAUAUAUCUUCUCAUCUGAAAGGCAAUGCUGGGGGAAGAGCUCCACUGAGAUGUGGGCUGGGAUGCUGGGCUGGAGCCAGCCCCUGCAUUAGCAGGAGGGGAAGAAUAGAUAUGUGACUCUUUUACAUUUCCUUUAUGAUCUGGCGCUUCUCCCCAGCUCCUUCCCUCUGCCCCCCAACCCUACUCCUCAACAGUUCUGGUUUGCCCUGACUUCUCUACGACUCUGGCUUCUUCCUGAAGUGAUACAGGAGCUAUGUAAGCACGCAGUGGAUAAACUGCUUAAUUUCACUACAUGUUGAUGAACUUAUUGUCUUCUGUCCUGUAGAUCUUUUCUAUGUAAUUUUAUGCCACCCUUAAAUGAAUCAUUGGGUGUACAUGUCAUGUUGGAUCCUGUAAUCACAGUUUUCCCAGCUCAUCUUUUUCUAAGAUCUGUUGAGAAAGGGAAAUAUGGGAAGGAGAACCAUUUGAUCAGAAUACAACCAAUAGUCUUUAAGCAUUUUUAAAGUAUGAAACUGAAAUACAUUCAAAACACUUAAUCCUUGAGGCUUGUGAUCUGAGUAAUUAGCGGAUAUGAUGCUGGGACCAGAAAAUAGAAAGUAAUGACUAAAGGAUGCAACGUUAUUUUUUGGACUUGUGCAUGAUUUUAUGUUUUCAAUGUCCUGUGUACAUAUAGAAUUGUUAAAGUUGUUAUUUCCAAUAUUUAUUUUCGAAAAAUUAUUUAGACACUUUAUAAUUUUAACCAGCAUUUUUAAUAAUGACACUUGCAUUUAUUGUAUUGUAAUAAAUUUCACUUUUAACUUUAAAA